AUGAAUUUAAUAACAAAGCAAUGGAAAAAUAUCUUUCCAGUUUUAAAAAAAUUGAAUUAUAAAAUUUAUUUGAGGAAAAAGUUAAUAUUAUUGGAGUUGCUUAACGAGAUUUUUUAUUGUAAAAAAAAUAUUGUUUUUUUUUAAAAAAAAAUAAAAAGUGAAGAAAUAUUAAAUUAUUGUGAUAAUAAUUCAGAAAAAUAAGUAAUUAUAUAUUUUUUAACAGAUUUAAUUUUAGUUUCUGAAAAAACAAUUGAAGGAAACGUAAAAGCUUCCGAUUAUGUAUUUUUAGAUACAAGUAGUAGAAUAUAAAUUAUAGAAGAUACAAAAUAUUUCAAGAAUGUUUUCUAAAUAAACGGAAAAAACAAUUCCAUAUAAUUAAUGGCACAAAAUGAAUAAUAAAAAUAUGAAUUAAUUGAUAAACUUUAAAAUUUGAUAAAGAAUAUAUCAUAAAAAUCAAAUUCUUAAGAAAUAAAAUAUGAUAUAGAAAUAAAUGUUAUAGGAACAGAAGAAAGAAACCCUAUGUCUUUUAAUAAAUAUACAAUAUAUAUAAUAGAAAUAAAGUUUUAAGAAAUAUUAUAAAAAAUUUUUAUUAGAUAUAGUGAAAUGGUAGAGGUAGAAAAAAAAAUAAGAGAAAAUUUUCCUAAUAUUAAUAUCCCCCAUUUAAGUAGAAUGGAUUGGAUAGGUUCUUUAAAAACAAAAACUAUUGAAUCAAGGAAACUUACUAUUUAAAAAUUUUUAUAAACUAUACUUUCACAUUAAGAUUUUAAUAGUUCUGAAAAGUCGAAAACUAUUUUAGAUUAUUUAGGACUUCCAAUGGAUUUUUAUACAUUACCUGAUAAAUUAAAGAGUUAAUCUGAUUCAUCUGUUUCUUAAGAAAUAGGAUAUAUUAUAAAUAUAACUGUUUAAGAUAAUAGUUUGUAAUUAUCUUAAGUAUCAAAUUAAGAGCAAAAUCUUGAUAAAUCUGUUAAUAUUUUAUAAGAAAUUAGACCAGUAUACUAAAAGAUAAAUAGAUAAACUUAUUGUCAUUGUCAAGAAUAAGAAAUUUAAAAAAUAAAUGUAAAAUUUGCAGAUAAAAAAGAAAUUCAAAUAUAAAUUUCAAAAUUUAUGCGUUGUUAAGAAAUAUGUUAAUAAAUUUCUUAGUUUAUAGGUUUGAAAUAAUGCUUAGAUUUUAGGUUAUGUUUAUAGGAUUCUUAACAAAAUAUUCAUGUUUUAGAUGAAGAUGAAAUGCUUUAUAAAUUGCUUUUCUCCUAAAAAGUUUAGAAAAAAUAGAAUAAUGUUUUUACUAAAAUUAUGACCAAUUUUGGCCUUUUUUUUUCAGAAAAAUAUACUGUUGUUUUUAAAAAAUAUUUAUGGCUUUCUUUUGAACAAGAAUAAAACUAUUAUAAAUCUGAUUAAUGUAGAUUAAAACUUAUUUCUUCUUAAUUAUUCGAAGAUAUAUAAUAAAUGAAACUAUAAUUAGAUUUUCCUGAAUAUUGCAUUUUUGUAGUACUUUAUUUGUAUAUUAAUUAAGUUUUGGAUAUUAAUCAUGUGAAAUUAUCUAUUUAAAUUUAAUAAAUAAAAUCUAUUAUUCCUAUUUUAAUUUUCAAUAUGUUUACUGAAGAUUAAUGGAAAGUAGGAGUGGAUAAUAAACUUGAAGAAUUAGUUUAAUUUUUUAAUAAUUUAUAAAUAGAUUAAAAUAAUAAAAACCCUAAUUAUUUAAGAAUUUAUGCGCGUCUUAUUUUUAUGAAUGUUGUUAAAAUGAAAUAAUUUUUUGGUACUUCUUUAUUUUAUGUUCAAACUUAUAAAAAUACUUUAAGAAAUUCUUCAUAUGAAUGUGUUUUUACUGAUAAUAUUUGGAUUGGAAUUAAAUUUGAUAGAAUUUAUUUUUUAUAGCCUAAUAAAAUUUAAGAAAUUUGUUCUUUUUAGUAUUUUGAAUUAUUAAACGUUAAAGUUUUUCCUACAAUGAUUUAAUUCUCUUUUACUAAUGAUAAAGUGUAUUAAUUUACUACUACUUAAAGCUUUGAAAUCUCUUAAUUAGUUAAAAUUUAUAAGAAUACAUAAUAAAAUUAAUUAAAACAUAAAAAUAAAGGUAUUUUAAUAUUAUUAUAUAUUAUUAAUUAUAUCACAUAUAUUUUUUUUUAUUAAAAACUAACUAGAAAUAUUUUAAUGAUGACAAUAAUUUUAAUAGAAAUUCAAAAAAAAAAUUAAAUAAUUUAUUUUAAUUUUUUAAAAAUUUUAAUUUUUUAAUAUUAUGUUUAAUUAAUUUCUAUUAAAACAAUAUUAGUCUCUUUAUAAUCGCAUAAGAAAAAACUAAUUUUUUUUUUAUAAAAAAAUAAAUAAUUAUAUAUUUUUUAUUCAAAAAAAACAAUUAUUUUAGUUUUUAUUAAUUAAUGUUCACAAAGUAAAUUUUAUUUAGUAUUAUUUUCUUCUUUACAUAAAAAUAUAUAACAUAUUAUGCAAUUGUAUAAUAAAUAUUAAAGUAAAAAAUAAUAUUUUCCCAAAAAAAAAAUUAUAUAUAAACCAUAAAAAAAACUUUAUUAUAUCAUAUUUUUUAAAAAAAAAUCAAUAAAAACUAAUAAACAUUUUCAAUUUAAUAUAAAAGUAUAUUGA